AUGGCCGCUACUAAAGAUUCCCCCAUCAUACUUUAUGAUUUAGCAAGUCGAAACAAUACACCAUGGUCUCCGAAUACAUACAAGACUAGACUUGCUUUAAUUCACAAGGGGCUCCCGUUUCGUGUGGAAUAUGUAUCAUAUCCCGAUAUCGCGCCGCUUAUGCAGAAACUUGGCGCCGCUCCCGCCCAUCCCGGCGGCGAAUUCCCUUAUACAGUUCCAGUGAUCGCCGAUCCUUCAUCUGAACCAGGAGGCGAGCCGAUUUAUGUUCCGGACUCUUGGGCGAUCUCGCUAUACCUUGAACGCACAUAUCCACCUCCCAAAUACCCUUCCCUAUUUCCUCACGGCGCGAUCGCAGUGAACCGUGCGAUGUCUGCCACGAUCGGCCGCACGGCCUACAACGCUAUCGCUGACACUGCGAUCGCGCUCAUUGGCACAAACCAUAUACUGGACGACAGGGGGCACGAAUACUUUAUGCGAACUCGCGAGGAAGGGUUUGGGAAGCCGCUCGUUGAAUUGCUCAAGGAGGAAGAACCGAAAUGGUCUACUGAGAUUAGGGAGGCUUGGGCGACGCUUGGAAAGCUGCUCGAUUUGAACGGCCCGAUGGAUCAGGUUGGACCGUUUGUCCUGGGCAAGGAGAUCUCAAAUGCGGAUUUCAUGAUUGCGGGUGUUCUGGUUUGGCUUCGUCGUGCAGAAGGCCCCGAAGGUCACCGUUGGAAGGAACUGUUUGAGUGGGACGGAGGGAGAUGGGCUAAGAUAUGGCAAGCGAUUGAAGAGCUGGAGACUAAAUCUACUGAAGUUUGA